UUAAAAUGCUAACUUGGAUGACUGAUUGGUACGGCCGUUGGGUGACUGAUAACGCGCUACAUAUAAAUUGUAGCUGUGUUCUGUCUUACUUUUUAGUAGUAGUUCGAAAGGAAAUCCAGAAAGUCGACAAAAUAGCGAUUGAAAAUUAACGAAUAUCAAAUAAAAAAAUUAUUAUGACAGGAAUUUACAAUCUGUGUCUUGUAAUCGUAGUGGUUACAGGCGUAACCGCAGUUGAUUACUGCAACAUAGAAUCAUGCAAAUGGAAAAAUAGCAUUCAUACUAUGUGUCAAUUUACCUCAUCAAAACCAGCACAAACAUGCGGAAAUAAUCCACACAUUGGCCUUAAUGAUAAUGAAAAAUGGAGUAUAGUAAAUAAACACAACGAACUGAGACAGAAAGUUGCAUCAGGUCAAGAAACAAGAGGAAAUCCAGGUCCACAACCUUCAGCAAAAAGCAUGCCAAACUUGUCCUGGGACAAUCAACUUGCAGAAAUUGCGCAAAGAUGGGCCAAUCAAUGCAAAUUCGAGCAUGAUAAAUGUAGAGACGUAGCUAAGUAUCAAGUUGGUCAAAACAUAGCCAUAUCAUAUGCUUCCGGCCAAAACACAUCGUCUUUGGGAGAUCUUAUUCAGCUCUGGUAUGAUGAAGUAUCCAAGUUUGAUAAAAAGGAAGUUUAUAAGUAUAAAUUUGAUCCAGAAACAGGCCAUUACACUCAAGUUGUUUGGGGUAAGACAACUACAAUUGGUUGUGGACGAGCAAAAUAUAACGAUCCUAAGAGCAAUUUCAUUGCGCAUUUACUUGUUUGUAAUUAUGGUCCAAGUGGAAAUUUCCAAAAUAAACCAGUAUAUGAGACAUAAAGCAAUAAAUCCGAUAAAUAAUAAAUGUAAUGUAAUAAUACAAUGUUACAUAAGAAAAACUAAAAAUAAAUACAAAACUGUAAUAUUCCUUAUCACUAAAAAUAAACAGUUACAAUUACUAUAAUGGUAAUAAUAAAAAGCAAAAUUUUUCUUUCU